CAAGAGGACGCGUUACUGAUAACUUCAGCACCUGGACAGCGACCUUCAUGAGGCUGAAAGCCUUUAAAGGGUUGUCACAAUAAUGUGAUAGACACCGCCUGUGCAGGAAGUGGUGGAACGAUAUGGCUUGAAAAUAUUUUUUGAAAACCCCGGCUUUUAUCGUCGUCAACAGCUGAGUGCUGUGGGCUAAUAUAUGAGGAGCAGCCGAAUCGAACACUACUGUAGAGACUCGCUGGUUAGACCGCAGAGACAGCAUCUUCCUCUCUUUAUUGCAAAUAAUAUCAAGCAAGCGGGACACUCUUUUGCCUGGGCUGCACUGCGUGCAGGAGCAGAUUAGUAAACACUGGUUUUAGGACAGAACCUGACGGCACGCAUUUUCCUGUGUACAUUCUGUCAACGGUGUAAAAGUGAAGAUGCUGCGGCUUCCUGGAGUAGGGAUAACGCUAUUGCUCUGGAUUUUCAGCCGCAUCAGCAGCUUUAAUGCAGCUCUCCCAGCAUCCCAAAAAUGUGAUGAACCUCUGGCCACACCGCUCCCACAUGCAGCUUUCACCAGUUCCUCUGCGUUCUCCAGCAGCUACGCCCCAGGCUACGCCAAGCUGAACAAGAGAGGAGGUGCUGGAGGAUGGUCCCCUCUGGACAGUGACCAUUACCAGUGGCUACAGGUGGACCUGGGGAGUAGGAAACAAGUGUCAUCCAUAGCAACGCAAGGUAGAUACAGCAGCUCUGAUUGGACAACACGAUACAGGCUCCUCUACAGCGACACAGGAAGAAACUGGAAACCAUACCACCAAGAUGGCAACAUCUGGGCUUUUGCUGGCAAUUCCAACACUGAGAGUGUAGUCCGGCAUGACCUGCAGCACUCCAUUGUGGCCCGUUACCUGCGCGUCAUUCCUUUGGACUGGAGCGGAGAAGGCCGUAUCGGUCUGAGGAUGGAGGUCUAUGGCUGUCCUUACUGGGCGGAUGUGAUAAACUUUGAUGGCCAGGGGGUGAUUCCCUAUCGCUUCAAAAUGAAGAAGAUGAAGAUCUUGAAGGACGUUAUUGCCCUGAAGUUUAAAACAUCAGAGAGCGAAGGUGUCAUCUUGCAUGGGGAGGGACAGCAGGGUGACUACAUCACCCUGGAGCUGAAGAAAGCCAAGCUGGUCCUGCAGAUAAACCUAGGCAGCAAUCAGUACGGCUCCAUCCUUGGGCACACAUCAGUGACGAGCGGAAGCCUUCUGGAUGAUCAUCAUUGGCACUCAGUGGUCAUUGAGCGCUACAGACGGAAUGUCAACUUUACCCUGGACAGGCACACGCAGCACUUCCGCACCAAUGGAGAAUUCGACCACCUCGACUUGGACUAUGAGCUCAGCUUCGGUGGAAUGCCAUACUCAGGGAAGCCAAGUUCAGGAGGCAGAAAAAACUUCAAAGGGUGUAUGGAGAGCAUCAACUACAAUGGCGAUAACAUCACUGACCUUGCUCGGAGAAAGAAGCUGGACACAUCAAGCUUUCGUAACCUGAGUUUCUCCUGUGUGGAGUCCCACACCUUCCCCGUGUUCUUCAACGCCACCAGCUACCUUCAGCUCCCUGGGCGAGUCAAUCACGACAUGGUGUCUGUCAGCUUCCAGUUCCGCACAUGGAACUCCAAUGGCCUGCUGCUGUUCAGCGCCCUGGCCGAUGGCAUGGUGGAGGUGGGCCUCAACGAAGGCAAAGUGAGCGUCCACAUCAACGUCACGCAGAAGAAGAACACACGCAUAGACAUAUCAUCCGGUUCCGGACUGAAUGAUGGCCAAUGGCACGACGUCCGCUUUUUAGCCAAAGAGAAUUUCGCCAUGUUGACCAUUGAUGGAGACGAGGCUUCAGCAGUACGAACUAACACCCCCAUUCAGCUUCAGACGGGAGGCGUGUACUACUUCGGAGGUUACUUCCUGCGCUCCAGCCCAGCCCCCACACAGCGCUCCUUCCAGGGCUGCAUGCAGCUGAUCCACGUGGAUGACCAGCUGGCCGACCUGCACGCAGUGGAGCAAGGAACGCUGGGAGCGUUCGAGAACGUCAGCCUGGACAUGUGUGCCAUCAUAGACAGGUGCGUGCCCAACCAUUGUGAACAUGGGGGCAGGUGUACCCAGACCUGGGACAGCUUCAGCUGCGCCUGUGACGGGACUGGAUACACGGGGGCCACAUGUCACACCUCUGUCUAUGAGCAGUCCUGUGAGGCAUACAAGCACCUCGGCAGGAGUUCAGACACCUACUGGAUUGACCCAGAUGGAAGUGGACCCCUCGGGCCCUUCAGAGUUAACUGCAACAUGACUGAGGACAAGGUGUGGACAACGGUAAUGAACAACCUACGACCGCAAACGUCUGUGACAGGCUCCAGCCGGGAGAAGAGGACCGUGCUGCAGCUCAACUACAGUGCGUCCAUGGAGCAGGUCUCGGCCAUCACUGGCAGUGCAGAGUACUGCGAGCAGCACGUGGCCUACGCCUGCCGCAUGUCCCGCCUGCUCAACACCCCAGAGGGAACCCCGUACACGUGGUGGGUGGGUAAGGGCAGCGAGAAGCACUUCUACUGGGGUGGCUCUGGGCCCGGAAUCCAGAAGUGCGCCUGCGGCAUCGAGCGCAACUGCACUGACCCCAAAUACUACUGCAACUGUGACGCGGACCAGAAGCAGUGGAAAGAGGAUUCUGGAUUGCUGGUGUACAAGGACCACUUACCUGUCAACCAGGUGGCCGUAGGGGACACAAAUCGACCAGGCUCUGAGGCAAAGCUGACGGUCGGACCUUUACGUUGUCAAGGAGACCGUAGUUACUGGAACGCAGCAUCCUUCAACACUCCCUCCUCCUACCUCCAUUUCUCCACCUUCCAGGGGGAGACGAGCGCUGACAUCUCCUUCUACUUCAAGACCUCGGCUCCUUACGGCGUCUUCCUGGAGAACCUCGGCAACACCGACUUCAUCCGCCUGGAGCUGAAAUCACCCACUGUGGUAUCCUUCUCCUUCGAUGUGGGAAAUGGGCCAGUGGAGUUGAACGUCCGGUCGCCCACGCCACUGAACGAUGACCAGUGGCACCGGGUCAGCGCCGAGCGCAAUGUGAAGGAAGCAGUGUUGCAGCUGGACCAGCAGCACAAGGAGGUGCGGCCGGCGCCCCCACAGGGCCACACCCGUUUGGAACUGUACAGCCAGCUCUACGUGGGUGCAGCUGGAGGACAGAGGGGCUUUCUGGGAUGCAUUCGCUCCCUGAAGAUGAACGGAGUGACCCUUGACCUGGAGGAGAGGGCAAAGGUCACCCCCGGUGUGAAUCCCGGCUGCUCUGGACACUGCACCAGCUAUGGGAUGUACUGCCAGAAUGGGGGCAAGUGUGUGGAGAAGUACAACGGCUACUCAUGUGACUGCACAUCCACAGCCUAUGACGGAGCCUUCUGCACUAAAGAUGUUGGUGGCUUCUUUGAGGCAGGGACCCUGGUCAGGUACAACUUCAUGCCUGAGGCAGCUGCAGCAGCAUCUAAGGAGUCGAAGGGUCUCUCCCAGAGCCUGGUGGCAGAGGCCAACCUGACCCGGGAGGACCUUGCCUUCAGCUUCAGCACCACCAGCGUGCCCAGCAUCCUGGUGUACGUCAGCUCCAAGACUCAGGACUACAUGGCCGUGGUCCUGCGUCACAACGGAACGCUGCAGAUCCGCUACGACCUGGGAGGCCUGAGGGAGCCCUUCACCGUCGACGUGGACCAGCGCAACCUGGCCAACGGGCAGCCUCACAGCGUCAACAUAUCCCGGGUGGAGAGGACCAUCCAGCUGGAGCUGGACCACUAUCCCCCAGUCAGCUACACCCUUCCUGAUGCCUCAGACACCCAGUUUAACCUGAUCAAGACUCUCUUCCUGGGCAAGGUCUUUGAAACAGGUGAAAUCGACCCGGUCCUGAUCGAGAAGUACAACACGCCAGGCUUCGUGGGCUGCCUGUCGCGAGUGCAGUUCAACGGGAUCGCCCCCCUGAAGGCCGCGCUGAGGUCACGCAUCGCCGCGCCCGUCUCCGUCCAAGGAAAGCUGGUGGAGUCCAACUGCGGGGCUUCCCCACUCACGAUCCCACCCAUGUCUGCCGCCACCGACCCCUGGCACCUGGACUCCGCAGGUGCUGACUUCCCGUUCAAUGAGGAGAGAGUGAUACCAGAUGGAGUCAACAGGAAUUCCGCAAUCAUCGGAGGUGUCAUCGCCGUGGUGAUCUUCACCAUCCUCUGCACGCUGGUGUUCCUGAUCCGCUACAUGUUCCGCCACAAGGGCACCUACCACACCAACGAGGCGAAGGGGACGGAGUCGACGGACAACGCCGAUGCGGCCAUCAUAGGCACCGACCCCAACUUCACAGAGACCAUCGACGAGAGCAAGAAGGAGUGGUUCAUCUAAUGGGACAAUGUCAGAGGAGGGUAGGGGCUUG